UGAGUUGUGCGACUCUUUGAAGAUCGAAAAUUAGCUGAAGAAAUGCUUUUCCUAAUUGCUCUCGAUAAUUUGUGGAGAGGCAUUCGAGUGUGCUGAUAUAACCGGAUUACUUGAAGGUUUUGCUAAAUGUCACUGAACAGACUGAGAAAGUCCAACUCAUCGCAUUGCUGAUAUUCGACGCAACUUAUUUAAACAAUACGACCACGCAAAGAAUUAACAAACAAAAUAUUCAAAUAUUCGUACCUUGCCCUAACACAACUAACUCGUUAUUCCUAUAAAAAUACCAAAAAGACUUAAAUCUAUCGAAACCAUCACGGAAAAAACCCUGAAAACUAUGAAAGGAAUGAAACUCAAACAAAACCAAAUAAUUAAGUAAAACAAAAAUAAAAUAAAAAAUACCCACCUUUUGUCACACUCGAACGCUUCUUCUCGCGCAUGAGGUCGGGAAAAAAAGUCGAAAAAUGGACCGGACGAAAAUCUAUGCCGGAGCCCCUGCUAUCCAGCUCUACACAGGCGCUAAUGUCUACAGGAGCCCUCGGGGACCCGCGGCUGCUGCUUGUGCAACUGCUUCUGGGAGUAUUGGUCUGGUCAAAACUGACCGUAAGAUGGACGGCGUAUCAGCAGAACAACACAUGAAUGGUUCAUCGGGAGCUUCACAGGGUGGCUCUUCGGGACGCUCUUCACCCUCAGAUCCUGCCCCAAACAAGAUGUUUGUAGGUGGUCUCUCAUGGCAAACUACACCUGAAAAGCUGAGGGAAUACUUUGGUGCCUAUGGAACUGUACGAGAUGUUCUCAUUAUGAAAGAUCCAGUCACACAGAGGAGUCGAGGCUUUGGAUUCAUCACUUUUGGAGAUGCCAGCAGUGUGGAGAAGGUGAUUGCUGUGCCUAACCAUGUCCUUGACGGCAAGAAGAUCGACCCCAAGCAUGCCACGCCCAAGAACAAGGGUCGGACAAACCGCACCAAGAAGAUCUUUGUGGGUGGUGUGAGUCAGGAGACGAGUGCUGAUGAAGUCAAGGCUUAUUUCUCGACCUUUGGAAAGGUUGAGGAGGCAGUCAUGCUUAUGGACAACCAGACUAAACGGCACCGUGGAUUUGGCUUUGUCACAUUUGAAUGUGAAGACGUUGUGGAACGUGUAUGUGACAUCCACUUCCACACUAUCAAGAACAAGAAGGUUGAGUGCAAGAAGGCUCAGCCCAAGGAAGCUGUACAGGCAGCCUCACUUCUCUCCAAGAGGUUGUUGGUCACACAGACUGGUCUUGCCAAUCCUGUAGUGAGUGCUCAGUCAGCCCAUAUUCAGGCUGCUGCUGCUGCUGCUGCAGCUGCACAAGCUGCAGCUCUUAGUGGCUAUGGAAAGCUUAUGGGUGGGGGUUCCUAUCCUCCUUUGUCAGCCUACCGCUACACACCCUAUCCUCUUCCUUCCGCAGCACUUCCCUCUGGAGCUCCUCCUUCAGCCGCAGCAGCAGCUGCAGCUGCCGCUGCCGGUAUUCCUACUCAAGGAUUGACUGCUGUCUCUGCUGCGGCUGCUCCCUCCCUUGCCAAUCAGGCUGUAUUCUCCUCCCCAGCCACACAAACCCUGCCCACUCUCUCAACACACGCAGGUCUUACCACCCCGUACCAGGGUUAUUCGCUUACCAAUGUUGAUAUGAGCUCCUUCCAAGGGGUGGACUGGAGUGCCAUGUAUGGUGUGGGUAUGUAUGCUUAGUCACGUAAACAUCACUCCCUCACGUCCACCCACCUGAAUUAGUGUAACCCUUCCCACCCACCGUCCUCAGUUCAGCUUCCAUUUUACCCACAUGAUCAUACACUACGCCUCUCCCUUACUCUUUCCUCACCUUCAGAUUCAUUACUGUGCCCUCACAUUGAGUCCAGUCCGCCCAUUAUGCCGCUGUGAGCUCUCCCUUGCACCAGAUAUUCUCAGCCUCAGGGAAUUGUGCAUAAUUAUAAGUUGUCCUUCAUGCACCCUUUGAUCUCUUACUUCAAAAAUUUCUCAGAUGAGUUUCCAUAAGCUCCCUGCCCCAUGUCCAGUACAGCUUUGUUUUGUGCCGUAUCUUAUUAUAGUGGCCUUCCCAGCCUAUUGCGAUGACCGAGUGCCAUACCGGAACCUUGGUACAGGACUGGACUCACAGUGACCUGGUCUCUGGUACUUCCACCCCCACGUAGAUCUCUACAGUACUUAGUAUUAUGUCUCUCUAGGCAGUGUCAUCACUGCCCAACACUUAGUCCAUGUACUUAAGGCAUUUUUCUCAAACAUGAAGUUUUUGUUUAUUUAUUUUUGUUAGUAAUGUGCGCGUGUGUUUAUAAGGUUUUAAGUGUCAGUGCUAAGCAUAACUUGCCCAGGCCAAGCUUGAACACUAAAGGCACUUGGACCUGCUCAAUGUGAACAAAGGAAGAUGUAAAUAUUUGUGUAAGGAUAAGUGUUCCAGGCUGUAUAAGUGGACUUGGCACACACCACCAAUGGGACACUGCCCAAGUCUUGCCAUGUCAAGUGUUGUCCGAGCUUCUGACAGGGGGAGCCUCUAUGGCCUCACCCCUCCCUUGCAGUACAAGAACGGGCAAUAGAUUUUUUUCGUGCAGCCAAAUGCAUUUUUUUUUUUUUUGAAGGAUUUGCAUGACACGGGAUCAAGAUUUUAGAUUUCAGUUACUGUUAAGGUCACAAGAGUGUUUGUGAUGUGGGCCUAAGAGCCCCAUCAUUAUCUUGUUAAAAGAGUCAGUGGAGUUGGUCCCCUGCUGGCUACAUUCCACACUGGUCAGUGACAUUGGCCGCCACAAGUCAGUUUGGGCAGCUGGGACUAGCUUACUAUAGCAAGUGCGUAGUAAUAAGUGCGGAGCAAUACUCAGUGUGCGUUGCGUUUGCUUCUCAAGUCUUCUCUGUGAAACACAUAACACCUCAGUGGUACUUAGUGUGUUACACCUCAUGUAACGUGUACCUUGUUCCUCAACCUGAACCUACUUCCAAUCAUACUGAACACCCCUUCUUGUCCCUGUUCCCCCUCCUACCCCCUACCCCCCCACCACCUAAGCCUACCAGCCAUGUGUACCAUGAUGGACCAUCUCUGCAGCAGUGAAUUGCACUCGAACAGUACACAGUGUGGUGCACAUGGCAACGCUUACCUUUACAGCCAUGAGAGCGUCGUGUGGUGCACAUGGGGACCUCGGAGGCCUGGUAUAGAGGUUGCCUCGGUGACGUAAGUAUCUGAGACGAGCUCUCGACACCACGCCGCCUAUUGCCACCAAGCGGCAACCACGGUAACAACCAUCUCUGGCAUGCCACGUAUCCAUUAAUAUCCUUCUAGGCCUGUCUAGGAAGUCUGGUACCAACGUAGGCAGCAUAACAUUUUUAUACUUUUUUGCACCACAUUGGAAUGACCAGCAAAACCAUGUAGGCCUUUUAUAAAUUUACUUCUAUUGUACAACACUGAUCUCUGUUUUCAUGUUUCCGCAUAGGCCUAGAGUCAGCCAAUAGCUUAGAGUGUAAUGUAAAUAGCUUUAUGUGUGGUGGAUUACAUACAAGGAUUCCAUUUGAAUGGAUAUAAGGCCAUUGUUUGUUAGAUAUGGAAACUUGGUAGACUAAAUGUCUGGGAUACAGUGUUAUUUUUUCUGAGAUUGUGGCUGUUGUUAGAGCUAAUGAGCUCUGAAUGCCUAGACUGUCCUCUCCACCUGCCUCUGUAACCCCGUGUGUGUCGGCAAUGGAACGGGAGGGAUACCCACCCAAUCUGUUCAUAGGGAUUUUAGGGACCCAGCGUGUUCUAUUCUUCAGAAUUUUGGGAAUUGAAUAUUUAUGAUUGAUGUACCAAAGAGUUCUUGUUACAUCAUGGGUAUUUUUAUUCAUACUCUGGUACCCAGUAAAUCAUUGUUAUGAGUGUAUAAUGAUUAAAAAAAAAAAAAAGAAAAAAAGUUUAUUUUCAAAACAAAACUUUCAUUUUACCUCCUUUUUUUUUGUGUAGUCAGAGUUCAUGACUUUUUUUUUUUACAGUUUUGCCAUGAAUGGAUGUUGGGGCUUUAAAACUUCAUAGUUUUAAUACUUCUAGAAAGUGAAUGGUCUGUUAGAGUAAAAACAGAUCAGUAUGUAUAACCAUAGUAUUGCUGGUAGUCCCGGGUGGGGUAACCCUCCUGUUCUCCCCUGGAUUUGGAUGGGCAACUUGAACUGUAGAUGGAUAAUAUAACCAUGUCUAUCUGUCUACCCUGUCAAGCCACUAUCCAUCCUAGGGUAUCAAGACCCCCUCCCCCCUCCCAUGUAUCAUCUACACUGUAAUUUCACCAUUUUGUACUGUUUAUGAUGUUGACCCGAUGCUCUUGGAUCAGCGCCACCACUGGUAUGUCAAGUCAGAAGUAGAUUUGGGUCUCCUUUUUAUAUCCCAAUAUUUGAGAAUUAUUCAGCUCAUAGAUUGUAGCAGAGUCAGCCUUUUGUAUUGCCACUUAAAUUAUUGUGCCAGAGUUCGCUUGAGUCUUUUUCUGCUGUCCUCAGCACUGAAACUCUUUAAGGAGCUUUGGCACUCAACCAUGUAUGUCUGUGAGCUGAAUUUUUUAUUAUUAUUAUUUUUGCCUCCUCUCCUCUGGGGUUUGUUCACUAGCAUAGCAACUCAUCUUUAGCCUAAACCACCAGUAGUUUCGAUGAAUAAUGUUUCUUCAUUCUUCUGUUGAAUGUGCCACUCUUUGAAUCUUAUUCAUUUUACUAUGGAUCUAACUUCAACGUUGCUAGCCAAGCACUGUCUAUCCAAUAGAUUCAAGUCGCUCCAAUUUUUUUACCCGUAGCCCUGUCUUAUACCUGUUUGUGUACUUAAAUGGGGUGUGUAAAAAGACAGACAUUUCAAAUCUAGUCAUACCAGAUGUGAUGCUUAGCUAUCUUUGUUUUUUUUUUUUAAUUUUUCAAGUAGAUUUUUUGCAUUUAAAUGAUAGUUUGUCUUAGAUAUCUGUGGAUGUCCCGUAGAAUUUUGGCUAGCAGUGCAGCAUUUUCUACGUGUGAUUUGCAGUUAUGAGCUUUCUGCUAUAUUUCGCUUAGGCUCAUUUGCCUCUGCACUGUAGAGAGUGGAAUGAGCCUUACGUAAGAUAUGCUUAGUGCUCUUAACUGUUUCCAGGCACGUACACUCCCCUGCGGACCAGAAGAUUUCACACACAAAGAAAAGAAUAUUUGAAUCCGCAGUUGUAUAGUUUGUAUAGCCUCCAGCAUAUCUGAGGCGUUUCAUGAGAGAUUCUCAAGUGAUGAUUAAUCUAGUUCACCUGUGAUAUCAGCAGCCAAGUCUUCCCAUGUAGUAGGUCAUGCGUUUGGCUUUUCUUGUAGUUCGCAAGUGAGGUUGACAGGAGUGCACUGGCUACUGGGGAAAUCUGGCUGCCAUGUCUCAGUUUUUUUAAGGAUAGUGACAUGGGUGGUAGAUAGUGCGAUGGUUACCAGUAUCUUUAUUUCCUUUUUUUUCUAGUUUUUUUUUUUUUUUUUUUUUUUUUUUUUUUUUUUUUUUUUUUUGCUCCCAAGAGGUGCUAGUAGUGCUACACAGGGCCGAGUUUGAGGAGCCCAUUUGCGGACCAAAUAAAUCAGAAGAAGCAAUAAGUGUUAUUAUUUUUUCACAAAGGGAAUGAAUAAACUUAUGAUGAAAGGGAAAUUAGUAUUUUUGCACUCGUUAAUCAAACCCUUUUGCUCAAUCACCCCUGUGCUCGGUGUGGGAGGCCCCCUGAAGAGCCCGGCAGAGAUGAGUUGGUUUUGCUCCCCUGUCCUAGGGAGCCCCAGAGGAGACCAGUAAACUCUUUACGACAAAGUGUAAACAGGAUUAACCGAUUUUGCACGACUAGGCGAAGCAUCACACAUUGCUUGACCCGGUUUUUCUAGGAAGGAUCACUAUAUCUCUCCCCCUCCCUUUGACCCCCCAACACUAAAAGACGAAUCAUAAAAGCUUCCAGACAAGGUUGGGAAAACAAAGAAUAACAAAACCUAAAAGUGUAAAGAGUUAACCAAAGAUAUGCACAGCCAGUGAGGGAGCGUCUGAACCCAACAGCAAAAGGGUAUAUGUGGUGGUGUGGUGGUGGUGGUGGUUUCCCUAAGUUGCUACAGCGCGAUGGUGAUGUUCGAAAAGAAAAAGACGGACAGACUGAAACUCAUUUAACCUCAAGUAGGGUGAACCACGGCUUAUGUAAAGGUAAUAUUUUUAUGUUCUGUGUUGUCUAGUUGUGGAGAGAGCAUUUAUAAGUUUUCGAAGUCAUUUUUUGCCUUAAGUGGGCUGGAUGUGUUAGAUGUUUUAAGCUCUCUCUUACUGUUGUGUAAAUUUGCAGCUAAGAGUACUCCGUGUUAACUGGUGUAGAUGUUUGCGCAAGUCCAGUUUUGCUACUUAUUUUAAAGGCAUUAUGAUCACAUUAGAUUUUAAGGGGUUUUGAUGAACGGAUAAAAAAUAUUGAAUAAGUCCUGAAGAUGCUUAUUUUAGCAGGACGUUCCAAGCGAGUGUGUGGGCAGGCCGCACCCUUUGUAGGUUAGGUUGGGGCAGCUAUGCUAGGGAAGGCAACUGUACAGGACCUUAGGUAUGCCUCACACUCCCCAAAAUAUACAUAUAUAUAUAUUAUACAUAUAUAGAUAUAUAAAGCAUGUAGUUUAGUAUUGCAUAUUUGAAAGGUGCAGUUGCCUGUCUGGACGGCGGUGUACUACAUUGUGCCAUAGUCUAUUUUGGGGUAAAUUUUCAUGAUGGAGGGAAUAAUUAUUGUGUCCAUGGACCAAGUAAACGCACUUUAUUCUAUACUUAAUAAGAAUAUAGUUUGUUGUGCUAGCAUUAGCCAGUCAGUAAGUCAGUAGCAGAAAAUCAGCUGUGUUUUGAGCUUUUUUACUUAAGCUGACCCCCUCCCCAUGAGUCUUCCCGCGUGGGGUUCAUACCGAUACACAUGUCUGUCAGGAGAGCACAGGCUCUGGCCGGUAAGGAGACACAACGCACUCCAGCAGAAAAGGGGAGUUUCGUUCCAACUCUUUCUCCCUUGACCUUUCUCUCCAUCUCGCUCUCGUUCUCAUUCCUUUCCGCGCAUUUCUAAUCUCUGUCUCGGCAGUCUCCCUCCCUCCCUCUCCCCUCCUCCCCCCCGAUAAUUUAGGGUUUUCUGAAAUCUCAAGUGCCAAAGUGAGAACGCCGCCGCACCAAUUUUGAUCACCAUCCGCGUCUGUCAUUUUUAUGUGUGUAGGAAGGAGCGUCGAGGCUAUACACACGACCCGCUGGCAGCCACCCUGCGUCCUCUUGGCUUCCUCUCCUACAACCCCCUUCCCCUUCCGCCCCCCCCCCCCCCCCCCACAUUCACACGCCUUCCCCUCACUCCUCCCCUCCGACAGUCAAUAUCCACCGGAGCUAAUAUUUUCCAGGUCGUCACCAAUGAAACGUUUAUUUUUUUUAUUUAUUUAUUGUUUUUUUUUGGGGGGAGGGGGGUGUCAAAAAUGAAAGAGUGGAUGGAAGGGAUAGGGAAGGAGAAAGGGGAGGAGAGACAAGAAGAGAAAGAGAAGGAAAGGAAGGGGGAAGGGAGGGAGUGGGGAGGACAGAACAGAACGGGGAUGAGAGGUGGCCAGUGUCGUUGUACAAAUUAUAAUGUUAGUAAGCUACAGCCAAGGGAGUCAUUUGUGUGCUCCACCACACCACCACAGUCGCUGCGGAGAACCCGUGAGCCAGGCAACUAUGUUUAUAAGUGUGUUUACUUAGAUGUAUACAGGAUUACCACCACGCGAAGCAAUAAGUGUCUAAACCUUCUAUUUUUGUACAUAAGACUGAACAGUAAUGAUAUAAAAAGAAGUCAGUAAUAAAAGUGACAUAUUUUCAAAACCAAUGCCCAGAGUGUAUCUAUUAUUAUAUUAGAACAUCGUGUCAUCCACAUUUGAUUCUAAAAUAGUACACACAGGACCUGUUAUAUGAUACUGGAAAAAAAUAAAAUAUAUAUAUCUAUACAAUGAUCAGAAGAAGGAAGAGGUCUGAGAAUAACCCAAAAUAUUGAACUAUAUAAGGUAAUUUAUUUCGCUUCUAAUGUGACUUUGGUUUUAGAAUAUCUUCCUCUGCUUUUGUGUUUGGCAUUGGACCCUCUCCUGUGGUUUGCUCUUUUGGAUUAUUACAUAGUGUGCCCAAGUUACCUUUGCUAAGGGUGACCUAUUUUCUUGUAUGUACUUGACUGUGUUGUAGUAUAGUGGUAUCUAUAUUGUAUACCGACCAAGGCUGUAGUGUGGUAGAGAGGACUCCUGUGCGGGCGUCACCAUAGCCCACGCCCGCGCGCCCGUGUCGCCAGGUGCACGGGCGUGGAUGGUGACGCGAUGCGCAGCGGCUGAGGGACCCAGGCACGCGGCCCGCCUCCUGUGACGUAGCUAUGGCGUCACUUCUUGCUCCCAGCAGCCAGGCCGGCCUUGCAUGUGUAAGCUUCCCUGAGUCCAGUGAACCAGGGAAUCAUAUCUUUUUCUUGCUGUGGUAAUGUACUGAAUGUGCUAGAUUGUCUACCAUUUUUUGGAUUUCUUUGUAAAUGAACCUUAAAGUGAAGCUUUCGCAGAGUUGAAGCUAACUUCCGUUUUGUUUCGACGGUUGCACGUGGAGGCGAGUCAGCGUGCCGCUGCAAUGAGUCCAUGCUGAACCAGCUUGUGCAAUCGUCGACACAAAAUCAAGUUGUACUUACGUGAAAGUUGCGCUUGAGAAACACAUGUGGACAUAAGAAACACAGGACUGUCUUGUGUUACUGCCAAGAGAUACACAGCCGACACUGACAUACACAUACACCUACCAGGAUUAUAUAAACACUAGCCGUACGGUUGAUCUUAUGUAGGGUCAACCUCAAGAAUUGGGGUUGACCUUUGCUCUAGCCCCCUUCCCCCCCUCUCUCGAGUCCACCGUGCUCGUUCCACCACCACCGCCCCCCAUCGCCGCCGCCGCCGCCGCCGCCAUCAUCCCCACCGCCAUCCUGCUGCACCGUCAGCCACUCCUACCGCCUCCUUUAAUCCUUGCGCCACACUUACGAGUGGACGCGAUUACAAACACAAGGAAGUGGUGGAUGGCGGGCGGCGGGCCUCGUCCACUCCGCCGCUCCACCGCCCUCCUCCACACCCUCCCUCGUCCGUCACCCCAGGACACGACACCCGCGCCCUCGCCUCCAUUACACCUCGCUUUGUCUGUGUGUGUGUAUAUGUACGUGGGGGCGUGGUGGCCGUGGGUUGGCUGUGGUGCGUGGGUGGUGGUGGCGCGGGCGGCGGGGGCGGCGGCGGGGGCGACGACGGCGGCGGCGACGGGCGCGGGGCAAGUGGUGGUGGCGGCGUGGUGGUCCUGGUAGUGGGGGCCGGAUGAGGGCUGGCUGGCGUAUGUGACUUAGCAAAGUGGUAAUGUAGGUAUACAGCUGUACUGUAGUCGUGUCUGAGCUGUAGGUUUGGUAUUGUAGCCGACCUAGCAUCAUAGUGCUCGUCCGACGCCGCCUCUGUACAGGACCUUAUAGUCACCUGGCCGCAGCCGCAGCCGCAGCCCGCAGGCACCCCGCCCUCCGCCCGCCCGCCCGCCCGCCCAUGUAGUCAGUGUUCACCCUCCUUAACCCAGGCCCGAGACGGGGGCCAGCGCCCCUCCUCCACGGGGCUCACACUUAACCUGGUAAUGAUGUAGAGUAAACGCGACACAGAUUGUCCCUCAAGGGUCAGCUGGGCUUAACGAGGGUGGACUGCCUUGUUUACUGGACCUUACAUGUGGAGUUCCGCAGAGGAACUCCACCUAGAAAGUUAUUUAUUUUUGUUUGUUUCCAUAAAGAAUAAGUUUUAUUUUAGUUUGGAGGCGGGUUGCUGGCUCGCGGGCAGCUGAGACUUUGUGAGCAUUGCACAGUGUAGUUUGUACAUCUAGUAAUAAAAUGUCUAUGGUAGAGAGUAA